AUGAGCAGGUCGUUACUUUUUUGUAAUUGUGGUGACCUAAAACGAAUUGCUACUAGAUUAAAAAUUAAGGAUAAUGAUGUUAAUAAUAGUAGUGCCUACAUCAAGGACCCACCAACCAAUGUGCAAGGAAAAUCGGCUGAUAGUGAUGACAUUAUGAUUAUCACCGAUAAAGAAAAUAUUGUGCCAUGUAGUCCGUCUCCAGAAAAAAUAUUUUCAAAUCAGGUUGACCAAAUUAUUAUUAAGAAAACGCCUCAACAAGAAAAUGAAUCAUUAACAAGUAGUCCAUCAAUAAUAGAAAACUCUCCUAACGUAUCCAUUAAAUAUUAUGGUCAAAAGACGUUUCGUUUAUACAAUACGAACACCAAUGAGGUACAAACGAUACCCAAAAUCGAUGAAUUUACUAAAGAGUCUAUAAGUCUUACGCCAGCUCUUCUGCCAGUAGAAAUAGAAAUGCAACAGUCUAAGAAAUCACGUGAUUCAGCCUCUAGAACUAGUAGGUCUUCUUGUUAUUCAAGCAGAUCAUCAUCAACAUCCUCUUCCAGUUCCAGCAGCAGUUCUGGAAACAGUAAAACAAAUGACAAUCGGGUCAAGUUGCAAGCAGAAGUACAUCUGCAGCAAAAAAAUUACUACCAGUCACCUAUCAAUUGA